GGCCGUGGAACUCCAUUUUCAUAAUUUUGGUUGAAAUAGCAAACCGAAGUCCUUUUUCUCAGCUUGAAGGAGGGUUGAUGAGUGUAAACAUAUUUACUUUGUUUUUAUUUUCCCAUGAAUGACAUGUGCAUGUUCAAUAAACUUGAUGAAAUCUUAGCUGAUUGAAUCUCAUUUUCUGUUGCACUGCUGCUGCAUACACGUAACAAUUUUGUCUUCAUUUCUGUGCAGCUUUUAAAUCUUGUUCAGAGGGAGAUAAAAAGAGUGUGACUGUUUAUGUUAUUGUUGGAGUAGGGGCAACAUGCAUUUUCCUGUUGGUAAUGAGCACACUUUGGUGGAAAGGGUAUCUGCAAUGCAAAAAGAGACAGAGAAAAGAUUUAGAAGGCAUGGAGCUGCAGACUGUUUCUUUUGCUUUAAAGCAAAUAAAGGCUGCCACUAACAACUUUGAUGCUUCUAACAAGAUAGGGGAAGGUGGUUUUGGCGCAGUUUACAAGGGCCGGUUAUCUGAUGGUACUUCAGUUGCAGUGAAGCAGCUCUCACAUCAAUCAAGACAGGGAAACCGUGAAUUCUUAAAUGAGAUUGGCAUGAUUUCUUGUUUGCAACACCCAAAUCUUGUUAAGCUGCAUGGUUGCUGCAUUGAAGGGACUGAAUUACUGCUCGUAUAUGAAUACUUGGAGAACAAUAGCCUUGCUCGUGCACUAUUUAAUCCAGAGAAAAGUCAAUUGAUACUUGAUUGGCCGACAAGGUUCAAGAUUUGUGUUGGGAUUGCUAAAGGUCUAGCUUACCUUCAUGAGGAAUCAAGCCUUAAAAUUGUACACAGAGACAUUAAAGCUACUAAUGUACUGCUAGAUAAAGAUCUAAAUCCCAAAAUUUCGGACUUCGGGCUGGCUAGACUUACUGAAGAUGAGAAGACCUAUAUUAGCACUCGAGUUGCUGGAACAAUAGGAUACAUGGCACCAGAGUAUGCACUGUGGGGUUAUUUGUCCUACAAAGCAGAUGUCUACAGCUUUGGGAUUGUCCUUCUUGAAAUUGUUAGCGGCAAGAACAACAAUAACUAUGCCCCUUCCGACAAUUUCAUUUGUCUUUUAGACUGGGCCUGUCACUUGCUACAAAAUGGAAAAAUAGAGGAGCUUGUCGAUGAUAAAUUGGGUUCUCGUUUCAGCAAAGCAGAAGCAGAAAGGAUAAUAAAAGUAGCACUAUUAUGCACUAGUGCGACACCAUCACUCAGGCCUGUAAUGUCUGAGGCUGUAGGCAUGCUUGAAGGACAAAGAGAUGUCCCUGAUGAAAUCCCAGAAGCAAGUACGUAUUCUGAUGAUUUGAGAUUUAAAGCCUUGAAAGAUUUCCAACGAGAGAGGCUAAAUCAAAGCGCAUCAAGUAAUCAAGCUCAAUUAGCAAGCAUACAAACUGCCUCUGAUCUCUGUGAAUACAACCCGGAAUCAAGAUCUGACUGACUCUAUAAUUUUAUCUUUCUUAGUAAUCUCUUGCCGGUGUAGAGCAGUGGUUUAUGGUUCCUGAGGGACUGCAUUGGUUCAAAUACUCUCAUGGAGUAGGAUUGUUGUAACUAUUUGUAUAUUAAUUCUUUUGUGAGUGA